CGCGGUCUGCGCUCGAACUGCCAAUACGUACUUAUACUCGAACAGCGCGAUCGACCACACAGAACACUCACGACUCGCAUCAUGCGCACGCUGCUGACAUACUUGAUGGCGGUGGCGUUGACGGUGGUAACACUCGCCGCGCCCACAGACCGACCGUCAUUUCAAAACGAAGCACUCACAAACCAACCACUAGAGAUAAGUGAAUAUUCUAAUGAACCUCCAGCAGAAAAUGGAGCUGAACGUCCAGUCACAGAAAAUGACGGUUAUGAACCGCCAUCAAAAGACAUAAGCGAGCCACCAGCAGAAGACAUUGACGUAACCGAGCCACCAGCAGAAGGCAGUGACGUAACGGAGCCACCAGCAGAAGACAUUGACGUAACUGUGCCACCAGCAGAAGGCAGUGACAUAACCGAGCCACCAGCAGAAGGUAGUGACGUAACUGAGCUACCAGCAGAAGGUAGUGACUUAACCGAGCCACCAGCAGAAGACAUUGACGUAACCGAGCCACCAGCAGAAGACAUUGACGUAACUGAGCCACCAGCAGAAGGCAGUGACAUAACCGAGCCACCAGCAGAAGACAUUGACGUAACUGAGCCACCAGCAGAAGACAUUGACGUAACUGAGCCACCAGCAGAAGACAUUGACGUAACUGAGCCACCAGCAGAAGACAUUGACGUAACUGAGCCACCAGCAGAAGACAUUGACGUAACUGAGCCUCCAACAGAAGGUAGUGACGUAACCGAACCACCAGCAGAAGACAUUGACGUAACUGAGCCACCAGCAGAAGACAUUGACGUAACUGAGCCACCAGCAGAAGACAUUGACGUAACUGAGCCACCAGCAGAAGACAUUGACGUAACUGAGCCACCAGCAGAAGACAUUGACGUAACUGAGCCACCAGCAGAAGACAUUGACGUAACUGAGCCACCAGCAGAAGACAUUGACGUAACUGAGCCACCAGCAGAAGACAUUGACGUAACUGAGCCACCAGCAGAAGACAUUGACGUAACCGAGCCACCAGCAGAAGACAUUGACGUAACUGAGCCACCAGCAGAAGGUAGUGACGUAACUGAGCCACCAGCAGAAGGUAGUGACGUAACCGAGCCACCAGCAGAAGACAUUGACGUAACCGAGCCACCAGCAGAAGACAUUGACGUAACUGAGCCACCAGCAGAAGACAUUGACGUAACUGAGCCACCAGCAGAAGGUAGUGACGUUACUGAGCCACCAGCAGUUGGUAGUGACGUAACCGAGCCACCAGCAGAAGACAUUGACGUAACUGAGCCACCAGCAGAAGGUAGUGACGUAACCGAGCCACCAGCAGAAGACAUUGACAUAACUGAGCCACCAGCAGAAGGUAGUGACGUAACCGAGCCACCAGCAGAAAGCAGUGACGUAACCGAGCCACCAGCAGAAGGUAGUGACUUAACCGAGCCACCAGCAGAAGGUAGUGACUUAACCGAGCCACCAGCAGAAGACAUUGACGUAACUGAGCCACCAGCAGAAGAUAGUGACGUUACCGAGCCACCAGCAGAAGACAUUGACGUAACUGAGCCACCAGCAGAAGACAUUGACGUAACCAAGCCACCAGCAGAAGGCAGUGACAUAACCGAGCCACCAGCAGAAGGUAGUGACGUAACCGAGCCACCAGCAGAAGACAUUGACGCAACUGAGCCACCAGCAGAAGGCAGUGACAUAACCCAGCCACCAGCAGAAGGUAGUGCCGUAACUGAGCCACCAGCAGAAGACAGUGGCGUAACUGAGCCACCAGCAGAAGGUAGUGACGUUACCGAGCCACCAGCAGAAAACAUUGACGUAACUGAGCCACCAGCAGAAGACAUUGACGUAACUGAGCCACCAGCAGAAGACAUUGACGUAACUGAGCCACCAGCAGAAGACAUUGACGUAACUGAGCCACCAGCAGAAGGCAGUGACAUAACCGAGCCACCAGCAGAAGGUAGUGACGUAACUGAGCUACCAGCAGAAGGUAGUGACGUAACGGAGCCACCAGCAGAAGGUAGUGACGUAACCGAGCCACCAGCAGAAGGUAGUGACGUAACCGAGCCACCAGCAGAAGGUAGUGACGUAACCGAGCCACCAGCAGAAGGUAGUGACGUAACUGAGCUACCAGCAGAAGGUAGUGACGUAACGGAGCCACCAGCAGAAGGUAGUGACGUAACCGAGCCACCAGCAGAAGGUAGUGACGUAACCGAGCCACCAGCAGAAGUUAGUGACGUAACUGAGCCACCAGCAGAAGACAUUGACGUAACUGAGCCACCAGCAGAAGGUAGUGACGUAACCGAGCCACCAGCAGAAGGUAGUGACGUAACCGAGCCACCAGCAGAAGACAUUGACGUAACCGAACCACCAGCAGAAGACAUUGACGUAACUGAGCCACCAGCAGAAGGUAGUGACGUAACCGAGCCACCAGCAGAAGACAUUGACGUAACCGAACCACCAGCAGAAGGCGGUGACGUAACCGAGCCACCAGCAGAAGACAUUGACGUAACCGAGCCACCAGCAGAAGACAUUGACGUAACUGAGCCACCAGCAGAAGGUAGUGACGUAACCGAGCCACCAGCAGAAGGUAGUGACGUAACCGAGCCACCAGCAGAAGGUAGUGACGUAACCGAGCCACCAGCAGAAGGUAGUGACGUAACCGAGCCACCAGCAGAAGGUAGUGACGUAACCGAGCCACCAGCAGAAGGUAGUGACAUAAGCGAGCCACCAGGAGGAGAUAAUGGGACAUAUAAGCCUAUUGAUCCAAUAACUGUUGAAAAUAACACGGAUAUACCACCCAGAUCUGUGAUCACUCUCGGCGAUCUGUUCCCUGAAAUUCCAGACUUUUUCGAAAUCAAAUCAUCCGUAAAAGUGCAGCUCGAAACACACCCCACGUCAGAUAUUGUAGUGGAAGACCUGGCGCUAGGCGAUACCGCGGUGGUUAGCUCGCCAAGUGUCGCCAGCGUCUUCGAUAAGUAUUUCGGUGACUGGGUAUUUUCUGAGAACGAAUCCUCCGACGACCCAUUGACACUAAUCGUUAAUACAUUCGACACAUUAUCGAGCGCUCACAAAACUGAAGCGGAAGCCAAACCAGACAAUGAUCACGAGUCGGUGUCGCUGGACCUCUCCUACUUGUUUGAUGAGGAUAGUCGAUUAAAGCCGGAAUAUUUGGGAUUGCUGGCGCUCCUACCAGGCGAGUGGGGCGACUUGGCGCGUGACGAUAGACCACGGGUAACGCGCCUGGCCAACUCCGCACCCAGUCGCUGACGCGCCAUCGGACGCGGCGGCCCCGCGCUUCCUCGCAGACCGCAUGUCCAAGACUCGACGCGACGCCUGUAACACUUAAUAAUUACUUGUCAUAUACAGUGAAUCCUUUAAGUAAGUGUGGUAAUAAAUGUUAAU